AUGGAGUACGACACCAAGACGCCGCCGUACAACACCAGCGACAAGACGUCGUUCGCCUACACGUCCGCAAAGGACCGGUGGCCCGUCAUCAUCACUGGAGGUAUCGAUGAUGUGCACCGCGCCGCGCUCGCCGCCACCGACUCCGAAACCGCGAACGAGGGAAAGCAGAUCGUCGAGACUCUCGCGAAGCUCAAGUACGAGCUGCAGCACAACCGUCAACUCACUCCGCUCCCCGACGAUGGCGAGGCCGACGUAGCAGGCUACAACAAGGAGCUUGAGGCUCUGGGGAACCCGACCUGGUACAACGUGCCUUGGCUCUUUGCCGAGUGCUACCUCUACAGGCGCAUCAACACCGCCUUCACCCUCUCUCAAAAUUGGAAGAGCUAUGACAUCUUCGCCCGUCAGAAGAUGGAUACUUUCCGCUCAUCGCGCCCCGCCGUCCUCGAACUCGCCGCCCGGUACAAGGAUCUCAUCACCCAGCUCGAGUCUGGCAAGGCGCAAUCGCAGGAGGACAAGGAGGAGGCCGACAAGAUCCUGUUCAUGGAAAUGUGCGAGAUCUGUCUAUGGGGCAAUGCCACGGAUCUGUCGCUUCUGACUUCUCUGACAUACGAGGACAUUCAGAAGCUGCAGGGCUCCGAGGCGCGCAAGGCGUCGGAAAAGAAUAUCGUGGUCAACGACCUCGAGGCUGCCUACAAGGUGCUCCUUGACGCCAAGAAGGCUGGAAAGAAGGAUCGCAGGGUGGAUAUCGUGUUGGACAAUGCCGGUUUCGAGCUCUUCGUCGACCUCAUUCUGGCAGGCUACCUGCUCUCGGCAGGCCUCGCGACCAAUGUCGUCCUCCACCCCAAGUCGAUGCCGUGGUUCGUGUCGGAUGUCCUGCCCCAGGACUUUGGCGCCCUCCUCAACGCCCUGGCAAAUCCGCAGGCCUUUUACACAACUCAGACGGACGACGACAAGCACGCCGAGCGUACGCCGCAGCCGCUGUCACAGAAGGAGGUCGAGGAGCUGGAAUUCCUUUUCCAGAGGUGGGGCGGAUUCCACGCCGAGGGCCAGCUCACCAUCCGCCCCAACCGCUUCUGGACCGAAGGUGGCAGCUACUGGCGUCUCCCCAAGACCGCACCCAGCCUGUACGAGGAUCUGAAGGAGAGUGAGCUCGUCAUCUUCAAGGGUGACCUCAACUACAGGAAGCUGACCGGUGAUGCUAACUGGGACCCUACCACCCCCUUCGUCGAGGCCAUCGGUCCUCUCGGUCCCAAGUCUGGCGUCCGUGUUCUUGCGCUCAGGACGUGCAAGGCCGAUGUGGUUGUCGGCCUGCCCCAGGGUAAGGACGAGGAGCUGAGACAGACGGAGAACGGUGGCGGAGAUAGUGGAUGCCGCAAGUGGGCAUGGAGUGGCAAGUGGGCCGUUGUGCAGUUUUCCGACGGCAAGGCUUGA